CGCUGGGAAAUGUAAGCGGGCUCCAUCUUCCUCGUCGUCCUCCUGCUCCUCGUCAUCGUCGUCUCCUCUCAUCAUCAUCAUCAUCCUCGUCCCAAUCAUCCUCCUCGUCGUCUUCUUCGCCGUCGCGUUUGACAUGGCGGACGCGGCGCACAGCCCCGCACCAUGAGCCCCGCGAGCGGCCACACUGCUGCUGUUCACCUCGGCGGUAGAGAGAGAGCGCGGCGGAGUGGGAGGGACGCGGGAGGCGACACGGCGGAGCGGAGGAAGUGAACUUGGCGAGCUUUUGAGGAGAGCGUGACACCCGUGACGACUUGUGGAGAGAACCGUGGCGACGAUGAGCGAGUUGGACCAACUCCGCCAGGAGGCAGAACAGCUCAAGAAUCAAAUCAAGGAUGCGAGGAAGGCGUGUGGAGACACGACCCUCACCCAGAUCACGGCCAACAUGGAUCCCGUGGGUCGAAUCCAAAUGCGGACACGACGCACGCUGCGUGGACACCUGGCCAAGAUCUACGCCAUGCACUGGGGCUCCGACUCGAGACUGUUAGUGAGCGCCUCCCAGGACGGCAAACUCAUCAUAUGGGACAGUUACACGACCAACAAGGUACAUGCGAUCCCCCUGCGCUCGUCCUGGGUGAUGACCUGCUCGUACGCGCCCUCCGGUAACUACGUGGCGUGCGGCGGCCUCGACAACAUCUGCUCCAUCUACAGCCUCAAGACCCGUGAGGGCAACGUGAGGGUCAGCAGGGAGCUGCCCGGCCACACGGGUUACCUGUCUUGCUGCCGCUUCCUGGAUGACAACCGCAUCGUGACCAGCUCCGGCGACACCACAUGCGCGCUGUGGGACAUCGAGACGGGGCAGCAGACGACGGCGUUUGUGGGCCAUUCGGGCGACGUCAUGAGCCUGGCCCUGGCCCCCGACGGCCGCGCGUUCGUGUCGGGCGCCUGCGACGCCUCCGCCAAGCUGUGGGACGUGCGCGACGGCAUGUGCCGGCAGACCUUCUCCGGGCACGAGUCCGACAUCAACGCCAUCUGCUUCUUCCCGAACGGCAACGCGUUCGCGACGGGCUCCGACGACGCCACGUGCCGCCUGUUUGACCUGCGCGCCGACCAGGAGCUGGUGCUGUACUCCCACGACAACAUCAUCUGCGGAAUCACCUCCGUGGCUUUCUCCCGCAGCGGGCGCCUGCUGCUCGCCGGCUACGACGACUUCAACUGCAACGUGUGGGACGCCAUGAAGGCCGAGCGCGCAGGUGUGCUGGCCGGACAUGAUAACCGCGUGUCGUGCCUUGGAGUGACGGAGGAUGGCAUGGCGGUGGCUACUGGUUCCUGGGACAGCUUCCUCAAGAUCUGGAACUAAGAGCACAACACAGCCCCGUGCGCCACCACCAUCACCACAACUACCACCACCACCGACAUCACCACUUGCAGCUCACAUUGACGAGGUUUUAUGCGGUCACUUUAGAGUUGGGUGAUGCACUCCUCUCUCCAAUCCCUUGCCACCUCCCCCCCCCCCCCCCCCUCUGGUGUCCCCCGACUCGCACAUCAACGUGCGUGCGCAACGACGACAGUCUGACAAGAAGACACGCUGUUGGGUGGUGGUGGUGACUCGGGUGUAGUGUUCA